GGAGGGGUUGGUUUGGGUGGAGAGAAAGCGAAAUGACACGAAGCAUCAGAGUCAACAUCACAUGUUUGCGUUUCACUCCACAAUUCACAUAGCUCCUUCAUCUCAUGCACAAAACUACCCUCCCAUGUGGGGGCACAGACACAUCAUCACAUCCACCACCGCCACAGCCGCAGAUACUAUCCAACCCCAAAAACGACGUCGUUUUCCCCCCGACCCUCGAACCCUACCACCUCCACCGCCGCGGCCAUGAGCCCCCUUCGUGCAUGGUGACCCGCGCCGCCGCCGCCGCCUCCUCGUGGCUGCGCCACCGCCGGAUCCGGUACUUUUUCCUCGUCCUCUGCUCGCCACUCCUCCUCCUCGUCGUCUGUGCCGCGUUGCCCUUCCUCUGCGCCGCCGAGCUCUGCCUCCGUCGCCGCGGCAGCCUCUGGGGGAAGCUCCUCCGUCGCGGUGACGCCGCCGAUCGCCUCCGCCGCUGCGAGGAAGGGUGCUGCGAAGAGGAGCGGGAGGAGGAGAAGGGGCUGUUGCAUCGCUACCUCGAAGAUCAGCUUCUUCUCGUUGGAUCCAUGUACGAGUGUGGCGAGGAAGAAGAAGAAGAAGAUUCUAGAAAGGUUGAAGAUAUUGAAAGGAUAGGUAGUAGCAGUAGUAGAAUCCCUCUAUUGAGAUGAUCGGAGAAAAAACCCUUUCUUUUAUUUUUUUAUGACUUUUGUGUACAUAGAUGUCUAAUUUUUUAUGCUUGAUUUUUUUUUAUAGAAGAAAAAAAAACUGGAUUGAGGUUUCUGGGUACUACUAGUUGGCAGCAGGUUGCAACGCUGUUCUUAGUUUUUUUUUUAUUUAAAUUUUUAACUGUUUUCAUAAUUUCCUUCAAUUGAACGUCGAAAAGCGUUAGUUAUCAAGGAUUGAAUAACAAUUUUUUUGAUGCUUUA